AAUCUUCGGUAUUGAAUACAAAAACUAACUAAAUUUCAUAAAAUCUCUGCCUAUCUUAUUGCCGGCUUCAUCAAAAUUGAAUACAAAAACAAUGGAGACGAAGAUGUUAUUGCUAUAUACACUGGCAAUAACAUGGAGUUAUAAUUAUUAUAUGGUGAAAGUCGCAAAAUCAGACGCAGGACUCAACUUUCUAAACGAAGGUUGCAGCAACUACAACGUCUCAAAUUUUAGAGAUUUCAUUAUCAACCUAAAUAAUUCUUUUAGCGACCUCAGGACGCAGAUCAAUGGCGGCAAGCAUUUUGCGACGACGCAGCAAUUUGGGGGCGCUGAUUCCGUGUAUGCUAUGAUCCAAUGCAGAGAUUAUAUGUCCAUCGCCGAAUGUCUCAGUUGUUUCACCGUUGCUUCUACUAAAAUACGCAAUUGCUCCGCCGCUAAUGGUGCUCGUGUCAUUUAUGAUGGCUGCUUUUUAAGGUAUGAGAGAAGUGACUUCUAUGGAGAAACCACUCGGGAUGCCAACCGCGAGUUUUGUGGGAAUCGAAAUACAUCAGCACUAGUUACUGCUUUCCAAACAGCAGUGAAAGGAUUGGUAAAUGAUCUUCAAAUCGCGACACCAAGGAUAAAUGGUUUCUUUGCUGCUAGUAAGAGGGAAGUUGUGGGCGCUAAUAAUGAAUCAGUAUACGGCAUUGCACAAUGUGUUCAAACCAUUGAUUCAGCAGGCUGCUUAGCUUGCAUGCAAGUAGCAUUUACCAACGUUCAGAGAUGCCCUCCUAUUGCAGACGGUAGGGCGGUCGAUUCUGGGUGUUUCAUGAGGUAUUCGGAUACACCAUUCUUCGCUGAUAACCAGACUAUUAAUCUUGAACCCUUCUUGAAAACAGGAAGUUCUGGCAAAAAGACAGCACUUAUUGGAGGAGUGGCUGGGGGUGGAGGCUUUCUUUUGUUUGUUGUUGUGUUAAUUGUUUGGUUUAAGCAUUCAAGGAGGAAGAAAGCUUCUAGAGGUGACAUAUUAGGAGCAACUGAAUUGCGAGGUCCUACAAAUUUCAGUUACAAAGACUUGAAAUCUGCAACAAAGGAUUUCAAAGAAGAAAACAAACUAGGAGAAGGAGGUUUUGGUGAUGUAUACAAGGGUACUUUAAAGAAUGGGAAAAUAGUUGCAGUAAAGAAACUAGCUCUAGGACAAUCACGAAGAGCAAAGGCAGAUUUUGCAAGUGAAGUUACACUUAUAAGUAAUGUUCAUCACCGGAACCUUGUACGCCUACUUGGUUGUUGUAGCAAAGGACCAGAAUUACUUCUUGUCUAUGAAUACAUGGCAAACAGCAGCCUUGAUAGAUUCUUAUUUGGUCAAAGAAAAGGAUCCCUUGUUUGGAAACAGAGAUUGGAUGUAAUCAUUGGAACAGCUCAAGGUCUUGCAUAUCUACACGAGCAAUUUCAUGUAUGCAUCAUCCAUCGAGACAUCAAACCAAGCAAUAUUCUUUUGGACGAUGAUUUCCAACCCAAAAUAGCAGAUUUUGGGUUGGCAAGGCUUCUGCCAGAUGACCAAACUCAUCUGAGCACCAAAUUUGCUGGCACAUUGGGAUACACAGCACCCGAGUAUGCAAUCCAUGGACAGUUAUCAGAAAAGGUGGAUACCUAUAGCUAUGGGGUAGUUGUCCUAGAAAUCAUCAGUGGCAGAAAGAACAAUGAGAUGAGAGUUGAUCCUGGCUCUGAUUACCUCCUGAAAAGGGCAUGGAGGCUAUAUGAGAAUGGCUCUCACCUGGAACUGGUGGAUGAAAGCUUAGAUCCAAAUGAAUAUGACGCAAAAGAAGUGAAGAGAAUCAUAGAGAUUGCCUUGAUGUGCACUCAAACUUCACCUGGCUUAAGGCCAACAAUGUCUGAAGUAGUUGUUCUGCUCAAAAGUAAGGGUUCACUAGAGCAUCCUCCACCAACUAGGCCUCCCUUUAUUGAUAAUGAAGAAAGGGUGGUUGUCCAUGGGGACAAAUCCACAUCUACCGCAUCCUCUUCAUCCAAUGCCACUGCUUCUAUCACCCAAAUCUCAGCUCGCUAACCUUUGUAGAUUCACAAAAUGUGAAGUGCAAAUUGGUUAGAAACCAUGAAGAUAUUUCAGUCAUAAGUAUAGUAGCUUUUCACAAAUGUAAUUAUGUUUCCAUGUUCAGAACCAUGGAGAAAAAUGCAAUCCUUUGAAAUUGAAGAUUAUUUUUGACGAA